AUGGCCGGCACCGUAGCCUUUGUCACACUCGUAUCCUCUGACAACUACCUCCCAGGUGCCCUCGCCCAGGUUGCAGCCCUCAAUGACCUCCACCCACGGCCUUCCCAGGCCCCAGAGGUCGACUUCCAGACGGUCUGUCUGGUCACUCCCGAGUCCCUCAACGUUGCUACGGUCCGCCGCCUAAGAAAGGCGUUUGACCUUGUGGUCGGCGUCGAGAUUCUUGAGCAGGAUAACUCGCAGGGUCUCAAACUGCUUGGCCGUCCCGAUCUUACCACUGUCCUUACAAAGUUGCAUAUUUUCCGUCUCACUCAAUUCAAGAAGAUCAUUUUUCUCGACGCCGACGUCCUUCCUGUCCGCCCUAUUUCUCAUCUCUUCAAUAUACCCCACGAGUUUGCUGCAGCCCCCGAUGUCGGUUGGCCAGACAUUUUUAAUUCCGGUGUGCUUGUCCUCAAUCCCGGCGAGGACAAGUUCACAGAGCUUUACCAGCUCAUAAAAUCCAAGCCCUCUUGGGACGGCGGCGAUCAGGGCAUUCUCAACGAAUGGCGUGGUGAUGACUGGCACAGGCUCAGCUUCACCUAUAACACAACUCCCACUGCCGCUUACACUUACGCCCCUGCAUACGAACGCUUCGGUUCCCAGAUAUCUGCCAUUCAUUUUAUUGGCUCCAACAAACCUUGGAAUUCCCUUCCAUACCGCGCUCCAUUUGCAGGUCGUCAACCCGACCCCCCUGAGUCGGCUCAGCGUGCCUACGAUUACCAGUCAUUGGUUGAUCGCUGGUAUGAUGUCUACGACCGCCAUUACCGCGCCGAAACCAGCCAAUCGCAAGGCUCCUUCGAGGUUAAGCCUUAUCCUGCUGUCUGGGAUCAUCAUCUGGCGGAAUCCCCCCACCCUCCCCCUCCCGCCAAUACAUUUGACCUAGAUAAUCUUAAGUGUCUGGCCCUUCAAGGUCUCAAUGCCUCCGCUACCCAGAGCCAGCCUGGCGAGGGUCUCUACACGAGUAUGCCUCUAGAAGGCCGCAUCGAUUUAAUGCGCCCUCGCAAGCCUGUCACGAAGCAGGACAUGUUCGAGAAGAGCGAAGAUGAUAAGCAUCAGGAUCAGGCAUAUGUUCCAGACGAUUCAGAUAGAUUCACGGGCGCUACCUACGACGAAAACCUGUCUACGCCUAUUGGUCGGCCUGGGGUCCUCAGUGAUGGUGACCCACCUCGUUGGCACACUUUGCCAACGCCAGGACCAAAUGAAGUACCUUCCAGUCCUCGCUUGCGUUUGGUCUCGCUUCCACCAACGCCAACAUCUGUCCCACAUCUCUCUAAAACAACUCCAGACUUCUAUGCCAGUGAAAGCGAGUCUGACAGACUUUUACUCGCACGAACCGGGAACGACCAUCACUACGAUCACCAUCAUCGUGAACAUGCACACCCUCAGCAUCCGUCACAUUCACACCAGCAACCAGAACACCAAUACCAACACCGGUAUCACCCGCAGGCAUACGAAUCCAGAGAGGACAAGAGACAGGGACAGGGACAGCCGCACAAAUCCCACUCCCUGAAUCAGUCGCGCCAGCACAGUCCGGAGCAGUAUCAUGACCAUGGACACCAGCAUUCCUAUCAGCAGCAGCAGCCUCCACCGCCUCGACCUAUUUCUCCGCCCAUGGUGGCUUGGAAUCCUGCAAUCGAACCACCUCCGAAUGUGGCUCCCACACCUAACGCCUUUCCAUCUGACACCUAUUUUGCGAAUGUAUGGGACCAGACACCUUCUCGACAACAUGACCAAGCCCAUGCUGGCCUCGGCCCUUCUCCUUCACAUUCAGACAGUUUUUUCCAUCCCCUUCCUCCUGCGGUGAUCCCCGAGACGCUGCUUAAACAGGGUCACUACCGCAAUGUCACUGGCGAUUCUAUGGAAGCUACUCCCAGUCCGGACCGAUCAAAAGUCAAGUCAGUUUUUCCAUGGGAGCAGAAACCUAGGGUGCUACCAGGACGUGUCUUCCCUGAUUCGGAUGCUCCUCCACCUUCCUUAUUCUUGAGUCCUGGGAGCCAGAGUCAAACGUCGACCACCACGCCUAGUACUCCCGAAACUCGAGGACCAACGCUUCCGACCCGCCCUGCACCCCUUUCUCCGCUCUACGGUUUGCCCACGACGUUGAACUAUUCUAAUGCUUGGGAUAAUGUUCCCAGCAUUCAGAAAUAUGCUUCGCGUCUGGCUAAACCCCCUCUCCCUCCACCUGCCCUUGCACCGGCCUUCGAGGAUGAUAGCUACCGAAGGUCGCGCAGAAGGAGCCGUGAUGAACGCGCCGAGAUCAGCAGCCGUGACGGCGAUGAUGAGGAUAAUGCAGACGAUGAGGACGAGGACGACCUAGUUGCAGCUGGUACUAAGUGGGAUGAUGAUAGCGACCGCGAGUCGGCCAAGAGGCGGUCGAGGAGUGGCUCUGUGGUCAAGGCGAGUCUCAAGCCUAAGAAGAAAGAGUACAGGAGCCGAGGUGUGCAGACGAUGACCGUUGAAAUGCGCAGUCAGGCAGUGCAGGUUGACCCACCGAAGUCGGAGAGGCACGUCAAGAGGGCGUCGGUGUCGGGUAAAAGGCAAUGGGCCCCGACGACUGCACCAACACUCUUGGCACCUGCGAUGACACGCGACGUUAGCAUCGGAGGACACGACUUACCCGCAGCCAAUAUCACGCCUCUCUUUAUGGAGCGCAAGAAGUCGCCCUCUGUUUCGCCCACGACGCGAUCGCCCGCUCUGUCGCCUUCCAUGGCCCCGCGCGAGUUCGUAGUGUCACCUGUGGCCGUUACCAGACCAGCAACGUAUGCCAGCCCGCAACCAUCGAAACCUACUGUUCGUACUGCGACGCCGUCGACGGCUGCUAUUCGCGCGUCUCCGCCUGUGCCGCAGCAGGAACCCGCUGGGACUGCUGCUCCACGAAGUAGAUCUUCUUCGACGAAGUCCUCCCCAGCUAUGGCUCGUCAGGCAUCUCUUGACUCCUCCAUCACGUCUCCUGUAUCAUCGAAGGGGCCGGUAUUACCAGCGGACGGUUAUUUAGUGAUGUCACCUCAGGGGAGUAUGAGGAAGGGUGGACGUGUGUGGGACCCGGCUCGUGGGGUUGAGCUGUUCAAGAGAGGUUCAGAGGAGGUUCUCGCGCGGUUUUUGAAGAUGGGUUCUUUUGAACAGGAAGCUCGCUGA